AUGGUUUUGCUCAGCGCGUCGGCUUGCGGACUACGUAAAUUACUUCUCGUAUGUGAGAACUAUGCGACUGCGCAUGGCCUUAGGUAUAAUGUUACCAAAACCCAAUACAUGGUGUUUGAGCCGAGAGGAUACAGGAUAGGGGAGGUACCUCCAAUACAAUUAAAUGGCACACCACUGGAGAGGGUGAAUGGUUUCAAAUACUUAGGCCAUAUUGUUUCAUCUGAUAUGAAGGAUAAUAUGGAUAUAGAGCGGGAACGGAGGGCCCUAUCUGUGAGGGCUAACAUGAUCGCACGUAAGUUUGCGCGCUGUACAAAAGCAGUUAAAGUUACAUUGUUUAGAGCCUAUUGUACAUCUUUGUACACGUGCAGCUUAUGGGUGUGCUAUACGCAGAGAGCCUAUGGAGCCCUCCGGGUCCAAUAUAACAACGCGUUCCGGGUGCUGGUGGGGCUGCCCCGCUUCUGUAGCGCAUCUGGGAUGUUUGCGAUGGCGCGUAUGGAUUGCUUUUACGCGACCAUACGCAAGCGAUGCUCAUCCCUGGUGCGCCGGGUGCGGGCCAGCCCCAACCCCAUCCUGCGCUCUAUUGCGGACAGGUUUGACUGUCCAUACUUGAGGCACUGCUGUGAGAUGCAUGUUUCUUGCAGCCCAUAUUUUGUGUAA